AUGGCGAUUACUUUACCCCAAUUUGGCGCAACUCGUCUACGAUCAUAUAUUCUCCGUUUACCUUUAUUCACGAGAUGCAUAAUAGCAAUCAUAUUCAUAUUAUGGCUUGUCAGUCUGCAGUCAGCUUGGGACCUCCAGAAAUGGGGUGGCUUGUACCCGAAUGAAAUUGGGUUACAGUCAAUGUAUCGCACGAAUACCUUCCCAUUGAUACAUAUGGGGUUCAUACAUAUGAUAAUGAACACUAUUGCUCUAACCCCAUUGUUGGAGAGAUUUGAGGCGGAAUAUGGGACAUUGACUACGUUGGCAUUAUUCAUGGGUCCUUUGUCGACGAUUCCUGCGUUAAUAUAUACAUUCGUGGAAAGGGGAAUCUUCCACAUGAACACAGGAGUGAUGGGUGCCAGCAUUUGGGUUUUUACUCUACUUGCAAUGGAGGCGAUCAAGACAUAUAAAACAAACCCAAACUUUGUAUUGGGAACAGUACAUAUUCCAACAUGGACUACACCAAUUAUCCUUACACUAUUCAUAUCAUUCUUGAUACCACAUACUAGCUUUCUUGGACAUCUUUGCGGGCUUGUUUUUGGUUAUGGAUGGGGACUGGGCUAUCUCAAAUUCUUAGCUCCACCAGAGAAGAUUCUUAGAUGGAUUGAGGGCAAAAUGAAUCUCUUGGGACGAUUACCACAUUACGUUUCGGUUGACCAAAAAACCUAUGGAAGAUAUGGAUUAUUACCUACUACCAACAAUCCUAUUAUCUCACCGGAAACAAAUAUUGCGCUAGGAUUUCCUGGCCAGGCACAGCGAUUGGGACCUUAG